UUAAUGUCAUUGUCAUCUCUUAUAAAACUAUGAUAAGGUUAAGUGUUGAAUUCUGUAAACAUUGAGUGCUUCCUAGAACCGUUUCUCACAUUUGUAUUUGAAGAGUUAUUGAGCCCCACAGCUCACUGCCGAGGCAGCUACCGCUAGUGUCGACUGACUGUUAUUCGCUAACGUUAGACGUGCUAAAUCGCUAGCGCUCCGUUAGCAACUAAAGCGUUGCGCAUUCAAAAUGACACUUAGCAUCCUGGAAAGAUCAACAAAACUGACUGUUGUGUUCGGGCGGCAACGCAGUUAACCACUGCCGACCAGUACCAUCUCGAUUAUCAAGUUCUGCCAUCAAGCUUACAAGAUUCUUUGUCUUGUUUGCCCUGCGUUUACAUGGAGGGGACCUCCGUUUAGUUUAUCGUGUCCCACCUUUGUGGAGCAGUGAUUGGAUGUUUAGCAUGUCAGUCAUUAAUACUAGGCCGGUGAUUGGUAGCUAACCAGGAUGACAACGCCAGUUUUGUUGCUUUAUUCCAUUGCCUUCAACCUGGCCUUCCGUAGCUACUGUUGUAACUUGGCUAGUGUUAGCUCAUCUGAAGACUACGUUGUUAUUAGGAUGUUUAUCGGCUCGCCUUUCCAUCGAAUGAAUUAAGAAUUCAUCCACAUGUUGAAUAAGAUGAAUUUACCGCGCUAGACAUGGGGCUCAACGUUAGCAAGAAUACUGUAGGCUUACCCAGUGUCAUACUGGUGGAGUCUUUCGAUAGAAAAUGGAUGGCGUUGUCUUAACUGUCGUCCUCUGAGAUUAGUCACUGCAAGGCGGAAGCACUUUUCACGGUGAUGGACCCUCCUGGUGGGGGAGAUGAACGGCGGAGGCAGGCAGAGCGGCUUCGAAGGGAGGAGGCAUACUAUCACUUCAUUAAUGAAUUGAGUGAAGAGGAGUACCGCCUAAUGAGAGACAGCAACCUGCUUGGCACUCCUGGGGAGGUGACUGCUGAGGAGCUCCGGCAGCGUCUCGAUGGAGCGAAAGAGCGGAUGUCAACUCAGCCCCGCACUGAGCAGCGCUCGCAGACUGCUGAUUCCGGAGAACAGCAAGGCAGCAGUGGUGAAGGAGAAGAGAGAGGGGUUGGUGAAAGACGAGGGGCAGGGGGUAUAGAGCCUGGAGCAGAAACUUCUAAUGGUGACUCAUUACUGGAGUGGCUGAACACUUUCAGACGCACUGGUAACGCUACUCGCAGUGGGCAGAGUGGCAACCAGACAUGGCGUGCCGUCAGUCGGACCAACCCCAAUAGUGGAGAAUUUCGUUUCAGUCUCGAAAUCAACAUCAACCAUGAUCAGCCAGAGCCAGGGGAGCAUAAUGAUACUGUGGACACUGCAGAGCUGCCAGUAACUGCCCCAAAUACAACUUUACCCUCAAUACGCACUGCUUCAUCCUUCUCCAACCCUCGCCCUUCAACCACUUCAAGGCCAGCCCCGUAUCCCAGCCCCCGCCCACCCCUUGGUAGGAGAAUGCAGACACGCCGUACACGCAGCAGCACUCUGUCUAUGAGCCCCCCUGCACUUCCUGCACCAGUGGCCAGCCCAGCUGCUGCUCAGAGGAGAGGUGCCACACUGCACUCUUUAGGAUCUCCUUUAACUGUUCCCAGUCCUCCUCUUGAUCAAACUAUCCCUUUGCAACAACAAGCCCUGAAUGCAGUAGAGCAGGGCAGUGAUCGUAUGUCUGCUUCUAUAGACUGCCCCCGUGUGUCACCGCAGUCUGUAUCUCAGGCCCCAGCAGUGGGACAUGAAUCACGUGGCAGUAGGACUCGAUCACGUGGUCGCACACGCAGGGCUGCAGCUGCAGGUGGGGCUUCAUCCCGCUUAUCAAGGCGAAGCCGUUCCCCCUUGCACAGAAUACCUGUUGCCAGUACCACUACACCAUCAAGCAAUGGUGUCAGUGGCUCUAGCAUCCACGCUGUUGAGCCAGGCAGUGGCACAAGCUCUGUUUCCAUGGAAACAGGGGAGGCUGUUGCAGAACCUGCAGCUCUAACAGAGCCAGCUGUAGAGACAGGAGAACGUGAGAGUGAAUCACAUGUAAUAGGAUCAGGAAGUUCAGCGGUGCGACGGCACCCAACUAUUAUGUUGGACCUGCAGGUGAGAAGGAUUCGACCGGGUGAAAACCGUGAUCGGGACAGCAUCGCCAGCAGAACACGUUCUCGUGCUCGUGUGGCUGAGAAUACAGUCACGUUUGAAAGUGACAGUGGUGGAUUUAGACGCACCAUUUCCCGCUCUGAAAGAGCUGGGAUUCGCACCUAUGUGAGCACUAUCCGAAUUCCUCUGAGGCGCAUCAGUGAGACAGGCCUGGGGGAGCCCAACUCCACUGCCCUGCGUUCCAUUUUGCGCCAGAUAAUGACUGGAUUUGGGGAGCUGAGCUCACUAAUGGAGACAGAAGCCGAUUCGGAAGCCGUUGGACCUAGCCACACAGAUGCCAGUGGUACAAAUGGUAACACCAACCCUACUGCUCGUCUGCAUACAAAUGAGAAUUCAUCUGGCCAGGCUGAUACAGGUGCAGUAGUCCAGGAGAGGGUGGGGCCAGUGGGAAGUGAGGAGGACCAGAGUGGACAGGCCAGGCUCGGAGGAGGGGUAGUGAGCACCACAGAGGGACGGGCUACCAGCAGAGACACCAACAACCUGGUAGAAAAUGGUACCUUACCGAUCUUGCGGCUGGCACACUUCUUCUUGCUCAAUGAUGAGGAGGAUGACGAACAUCCUAGGGGCCUGACCAAAGAGCAGAUUGACAAUCUAUCCACACGUACAUAUGGUCAGGCCAGCCUGGAGGGGGAGAUGGGUCGUGCAUGCAGUGUCUGCAUCAAUGAUUAUGCCCAGGGCAACAAGCUGCGUCGCCUGCCCUGCUCCCAUGAAUUCCACAUCCACUGCAUCGACCGCUGGCUCUCUGAAAACAACACCUGUCCCAUCUGCAGGCAGCCCAUACUCACAGUACAUCAUGACUGACCUAUUUGCUUACAGACACAACUAUCGUGUUCCUGGCUGGCUGAAAUGAGCAGAUCCAAGUUGGCUUUGCAUGUACAUAGUGCUUUCAUGGUUACAUUUCUUUGAAUAUAUCCAUUGUGUUGAAAGUGAAGAAGGUUGAACCAAAAGUGCGGAAAAAAGAAACUAUAAAUGCAGAGAAUUAACAAAACUUUAUUUUUUUAGACUCCUUGUUUUCAGCAACUUACUGUUUUAUUUUCUUCUUCCUGUGAUCUGUUUCACUGGCCUCUGUCACAAAAGCUUCAGAAGCUCAUAUCGGUGGAUGGCAUUAAUGUUUAAGGAGCUCCUGUAGCCGCUGCUGAUUUGGUCUCCCUUAAACUCUUUAAUGUCUGAUACAUGUGACAUCUCUCUUUGUCACAACUGGACUACACAAAUCACUGCUAGACUUGAUUUAUGCAGUAUAAACUGUAAAUAACUCACCACUGCUUGUAUUUAAGGGUUUGGAAGAAAGACGCUCCUCACAUGUCAUCUGUUUAGAAUGGAAGCAGGAAAACUUCAGUCUUCUUUUUUUACAUUCACCAUUUUAAAGGUCUGACAUUGUUUUUAAAGUGUCCCUCUAUAGGUGAUUAAGAAAUGUAUGAUUUAUUGGAAUGUGUAUGAGCUGUGUAUUUAAGUUUGAAAUAAGUUUUAUUCUUUACAUCUAGAAGUAUUUGUUUAAGCCCUCUCCAUACACUUGCCCCAUAUAAUUUCAAUAUGAAGUUCACCCAUAAGUCACUUACUAAAGGCACAUUUCAGCCACUUUGAAAUCAUUAACAUUACCCAUAAGAGCAGCACAAUGUAAAUGAAAUAAUGAGGAAUGUGAUAAUCAGUAAUCCAUUGUUGUAAUUUAGUAUGAAUUGUGCAAUACGGAGAGAAGAGACAGUAUUGUUUGUUUUGCUGUUUGUUUUCAUUUACAUUGUAAUGCCUGAUUAUCAUCUCCAUUUAAAAACAAAGUCUUGUUUACACUAGAUCAUUGUUUGCUGUCAGUUCCUGUGCCUGUUUUGCAUCCAUACCUGACAGACAUCCUGGGUUAUGUAUCAUGAAGUUCCAUUGAAUAGUUAGCUUGAUACAUCUGCUAAGUAAAAACCUGAAAUGUGGAAUCAGAAAAUAAAAGAUUACAGUUUCUACAGUU